AUGCGAGGUUUUGUGCUGCGGCACAGCGUAAACAGUGACCCGGAAGCUACCAGGCGGCAUGGGUACAUGUGGCACGACGGACACAUCAACCACAUAAAAGAGGUCAGCAUGGCUCCACCACUCGCUGAGAAAGGGAGCGCCAGCGAUGACUCAGGGCCCGUGGUACUUCGGGAGGAACUUGGACGAAAGACCAGGAGCAGCAACAGCCGGGACCUUGCAGCAGCAACAGCACCACCUGAGGACCCUGAGCAGCAACAGGUGGGUGCCGUGCUCGCACAGCGUCACCCAGAAGUGAGGCUUAGGAUACUCGCUAGCUGUGCAGCUGUGGUGCGCAUUCACUUUUGUCCCGAGUUCCCGGCAAUUGCUCGGGCGGAGCAAUUGCCGGCCUUGUUCGCCAGGCUCAACCCGCCUGUUGCUACAAUUCACCACCACCACCACCACCACCACCACCACCACCACCACCACCACCACCACCACCACCACCACCACCACCACCACCCGAGUUCUUCGGUUUCUGAGCGUUCACAGUUCGAGCUUCAAUCACGGAUUGCGCCCACUCUUCAGUUGCUUGGGGUUGUGAUCAUACCACAGUCUCUUACAAACCUUGCAGCUGUGGCCGCACUCACAGUGGAGGAAUUCCCUCUUGAACCGUCCAUCGGCACCCGCCGUGGGAGGAAUGUCUCUGCGUCGACGUCUCUGCUCAACCUCCUACUCUCGAAGUUGGGGUGCCAGGCGCACCCGUUUCUUCCAAAUCUGGAUACCUCGGCCGCUCUUGAGCAUGUCCUGACGACGGCCCCCCGUGGUCGGUCUCCGACCCUGGGCGACGGCUGGCGAAGGCAGCGGUUACUGUCGGCACUGGUCCUCCUGCUGCUGCUCUGCGGGGCAGUACCGGUGGCCAGAUGCGCCGAGGCGACCGCAGGCGAAGCGACGCGGGGCUGUUCCACCGCUGCUGGCGGCGGCGAGACAGAUGACGGCGGCAAGUCCGAGUUCCCGGUCGACGUCUUCAGCCAGCAACAGAGGCAGCGGGGCUGGGUGGUGCUGCACUUCGCGGGCACCGCGUACGCGCUGGCACUGCUCGCCAUCGUCUGCCAGAAGUACUUCGUCCCGUCCCUGGAGGUCAUGGCCGACUACUUCCGAGUUCCCACUGACGUUGCCGGAGCAACCUUCAUGGCCAUGGGCACAUCGGCACCGGAAUUGUUUUCUUCUGUCUUCGGUCUAUUUGUGAGUGAAGGCGACAUCGGAGUGAGCACAGUACUGGGUUCAGCAGUCUUCAACAUCGUUGGAGUCACCGGUGUUAUCGGACUCAUCAUUUGGAAAAAGACAGUGGACAUCAGUUGGUACCCGGUGACCAGAGACUGCAUCAUGUUCGCCAUCACUGUCCUGGCCCUGGUGGUUUUCGUCUGGGAUAACAGCGUCGCUUGGUGGGAAGCUUUGAUCAUGUUGCUCAUGUUCAUCCUGUACAUAGUCUACAUGUCAUUCGACUCGCACAUCUCCAAGUGGUCUCAACGAAAGGUUGACAAACUAAAGAUGUUUCGACGGCUUACUUCAAUCUCUACCGCAACACUGAAGCCUGCGAAUGAAAACACGCCGCUGUUGGCAACGCAGACAAUUGUAUACGUGGAGCAGUGCCGAGAGAAAGAGGACAGCUCGGGAAGCGAUACUCUUCUCGGUAGCUCCUCGGUGUCUGAAAACGAGAACGUCCUUCUGAGCGGUCACGUGCGGAAGCUGGAAACUGGAGAGACGUGCGGUGCUUGGUCGAUGCCAUCCGACGGCUCUCUGCGUCUGCUAGGCUGGCUCCUAGUGUGGCCCGGACUGCUGCUGAUGGGCCUCACAAUCCCGGACUGCCGCCAGCCACACUUCCGCAAGUGGUUCCCCGUCACUUUUGUGGUAGCCAUUGUCUGGGUCGGGCUGCUCUCCUACUUCAGCGUAUGGAUGGUUACGGUGAUCGGAGACACCUUUGCAAUUCCGGAGACCGUUUCAGGAAUCACACUUCUCGCUAUCGGCACGAGUAUGCCGGAGGCGAUAACUAGUGUUAUUGUGGCCAGAAACGGGCUGGGCAACAUGGCCCUGUGCAACCUGCUGGGCAGCAACGUCUUUGACAUCCUCUUCUGCCUGGGCGCACCGUGGUUAGUCAAGGCGGCCUUCUUCUCGCCCGACCAGCACAGAGUGCUGUUCAGCAGCGCCGGCGUCAGCUUCAGCGCCGCUGUGCUUCUGACGCUUGUUCUGCUGCUCUACCUAUUCCUGGCAGGGUUCCGCUGGAAGCUCGACCUUCGCAUCGGAAUCGCGUGUUCGCUGCUGUACGCCGCGUACAUCGUGUUCGCCUGCAUGUACGAGAUGAAUGUGUUUGGCGUCGUCAACACCUUCGUAUGCAUGUAGAGGCUACGCGUACCCGUCGAAAUGUGUAUAUCAUAUAGCGUGUACCCUAAUGGGCUGUUUACGCUGACGCCUUUGAAAAGAGCGGUCUAUGACUGCCAGGCCACAGCCUGGAGUGCAUUAUUACCAUGUACUACUAUUUGACGCGCGGACCAGGUGGCUCAGCAAAGGACGGCAGCGAAGCAGGGGGAUGGUGGAUGAAGGCAGCGAUCUGCAGAGAAUAUAAGAUGAAAGGCUGACGUGGUAAGCAGUGUUUCAGUUUAAGUAUUCUGCUAUCCGCAAUGAAACCGUUAUCAAGUUUAUCGAGCGUGGUGCAGAGCGCCUUUCUUUGCCCACUGUAAUGAGAACAUCGCGAUCGCGAAUGUGUUUGUUAUUGUGUUCGGACUGCGCAGUGGGACGUUUGCGGGUGCAAAGGCGCGGGGGCAAGGACAAUGUUUCGGGCUCAGUGCACUAUACGCGAAAUUCUUGCAUUCCAUGUCAGCACUUCUGCGAGAAACCGACGCGAAGCAUUCAACACUCCUUCCCCCAAAUUGAAGUCACGUGGAUUGUUAUAAUGCAAUAUAGGACCCUAAUGUAUAAGAGUUACAGUAUAGUGUAUUUUAACUUCAUGGUCAUCAUCACGAACAUAGUGGAUGGUGCAUAGCCCGUAUGCUUUCACGUAUGUCGUUUAGAUUGUUUAUUUUAGAUUGAGAACGUACAUAUUUAAAGCAUUAUAUUCUUGCUAAUUUCGUGGUAUUAUAUGAUUUGCUAGAAGAAAUAAUUAAAGCCAAAGUUCCUGUU